AUGCAACAAUGGCGCGAGAAAUGCGUUGGAUUCAUCGGCGGGAAGGACAAAAGGAGUCCUGGCCCCGGGGGCAUUCGAUCCACGACCGGUUUGAGACGAGGCAAGUGCAAGUGGUUCAACGUGGCCAAGGGCUGGGGCUUCAUCACGCCCAACGACGGCGGCCAGGAUGUCUUCGUCCAUCAG